UUUUCCUUUCGAUUAGAGGGGGUGGGGCAAUGUGUUGUGUUUUCUGCGGAAUUUUGGUGCUGAGAGAAAAAGAGUGACGAACAAAAAGAGAAGCUCUAAGGCGAAAUAAUAAGGCAUACAGAUAAUGCCCACCUUAAUCAGUUAUCACCAGGCAAAUGAGAAAGAAAGAUAAGACGCAUUGAUUCGCCCAGCGCCUCGCCAUGGAGGCUGAAAGCAAUAACAACGACCUCGACGCCGACGAGCCGGCACUCAAACCUAAAGUAAUUACUCGUAGUGCCCCAAACCGACAGAAAUUCGAGAAGGAGUUUGCCGAAAUCAAAGCUCAAAUCGAUACAGCCGAAAGCCAGCUGCAAAUGGCGAUGGGCUCAAACAGUCCCCAGGCGAGGCUGCAGGCGGUCAAAGAAAAAAGGGAAGUUGCCCAGAGGCGGCGGAAGGACAUCAUUGGCCAGCUGGACGACCUCAAGAAACAGAUCGACACCAAGAGAGACGCUGCAUCGCAAUUGCGCAGCAAACUGCAGUACCAGUCCGAGGAGCAGAUUGAGCAGCUAGCACGCAAGUUAGAGACGCAAUUACAGCAACACAGCUUCCGGCUGUCCGAGGAGCGGCGGCUGGUGGCUGAAAUCGACAAGUUGCGCCGCUCCAAGAAGGCCGUCCGCCAGUACAACGAGGCCAAGGAUGAGCUCAACCGGCUGCGAGAAUCUCAACAGGGGCUUCGACUCGAACGCGACGCCAUCUCGGGGCAAGUUGGAGACUUCCGCACUCAGGAGGACGAGCUGCACACCACCGUUAGGUCAAACAGAGAGCUUGUUGAAAACCUUAAGAAAGAACUGGACGUUCUACACGAAAAGAAGCGCAAAAAGUGGGCUGCUUUCAAGGGAGAUCAGGCUGCCUACUCAGAGUACAGAGAACAGAAACGGACGGAGGUGAACAAGCAAAGACAGCAGGAAAAGCAAGCCUUUGCGCAGGCCAGGGCCGAGGAGAGAAGGGAGCAACAGAACAACGUGGAACCCUAUGAGGUGGAACGGCAGCUGUGCGCCACCCUUCUAAGUUACCUAGGCAAGAUCGAGGCGCUGCAAACUCCGUGCACACCCGCCAGUUGCUAUUCUUCCCUCGCUAGCACACCUAUGUCUCCUGAAGAACCAAAGACUCUUCCAAAUGUGCGGGAUGACGCUGAAGACAGUCUUUCGCAAGGUAUGGAAGCCUUGUUUGCAGGUAUCCCGCGUAAGCCUUCCAGAAAAGUUCGACGGUCAGGGAGCAGAGCAGGUCAAAUGAAGAAACGUCCAGUGGUCUUGACUCCUGACUUGCUUGAACAAUUCGCCAAAGUAGGGGUCAAACCGCCAGUAACUUCCGUGGAAAUUCCAGUGGCCAUAGAAGCAAUAAAAGCACAACAGAAAUGGUACAACAGAAUGGCCGCAGCCGAAUUGGCUGCCAGGUGCCAGCCCCCUGAUUCCAAUGAAGAGAAUCAGCCAGCUGGGGAGGAGCAGCGUUUACCAUCAAGGGCGCUCACUCUAACCCUGACCAAAAGGAGUGUUUCUCCGAGUCAGAUCUCGCAAACUAACUUUGCCAGUGAUUUGGCCAAUUGUGUUGUGACUGUGGAGCAUGCCAGUACCUAGCUAUUUUUCGCUUUCCUACAAAUUCUGCUCACUAUUGAGCAUUUUCAUUUAGUUUUCUACAAUUUGUUAAGAAUCCGACUCAACAUCCUUUAGAUUAUUUGUCUCUUUUAAAUUUCACCAAAAGGCUAUUUAUCCAUUACUGAGCCUAAAUGAUUGAUUCCCUGUAAAAUUCUACUUUUUUAUUUCAAGCAAUGCUCAUUUUUAAGUUAAAAAACUAUCAGCUUGCAGGGAAAAGCAUCAAACUGUACCUGCAUAACACCUUGGCAUUAUUUUUGUGCUAUGAUGAGACAUAAAAUAAUGGUAAAUAAUACUAUUGAUUCACAAUUGCAACUAGUCACAUUCCAAUUGCAUGAUUCUGCACAAUUGAAUCUUUUAAUGGAUUAAAUUUUGCUUUCUCUGGCUGGCCAAAUACUUUGUCGAUUUUGAACAGAAUCAACGAGACAUUGUAAUAGACUUGUAAAUAAAGAAAGAUCAUCAAGACUUUUAGCAAUUAA